AUGGAUCCCCAGAGCGUAGCCUUCCAGCCGCGCGACGAUCUCUGGCGCUUCCAAAGCGAGAUGCUCCGAGUGCAGGAGAACCAAGCCGACCUCGCUGAUCGCGUCGCUCGCUUGGAGCGCAAGCACGAAGACGACUCGCGCCUGAAGAACGUCUGGGGGACAUCAUCGCCCUUCCCUUCGGUGUUGGGGGGAACCCCUCAACAGGUGCCCCUGCAGCAGCCGACCGCCGAGCACUUUACAAACUUCGACGACCAGUCCAGCAAUCUCAUUGGCAACCUGCAGCUGGACGCCGAUGAAGAGCCUCGUCGCGUAGGCGCCACAUCCCGUGCGAAUAGUGUUCGCUUCGACGAGACGGCCAACCACGGUCACUGGGCACAUGCAUCGAGGUCGUCGUUGGACCUGAUACCCCGCACUGGCAGUGGCAUGGGCGGCCAUGUCAUGAGCGAGCGCAGCUACUCUCACAAAUCAGAUGGAAGGCAGAGCUCUGCUGGCCACUCGGUACACUCCAUGGCCUCUGGUCGCGCGAACAGUCUUACUAGCUUUGGACCGACAACGCUUCAAGACGCCCCAGGGCUGGCUCCUGGCUUGUUCAUUCUCGGCUCCGUUCCUGCCAUAAUACGUUGCUGGCUCAACACUAACUUCAGGCACGAUACCCUGUUGUACGCAGCAGUGUGUUCAGGCUCAUACACAUCGCAUCUGGACUCUUACAUGGUCCACCAUCUAGGCUUCCAGGAUCGCGUCGUUAUAGGCGAGGAUGGUGUUCGCAAAAUCAAGCUCUCUGUAUAUCUCCCAGAGGCCGUGCCUAUCUCAGCGUCUUCGCGAUCCGACAGUCCAGCUCCGCAGCUUCCUUCGGUGGGGGUGAAUUUCACUGUCACUGAGGAGCACAAUGCUGAAGUCAAUCCAAAAGCUAUUCAAAUUUUCCUUGGCAGCGAUAUGCUUCGAGAGCAUAACGCCGAUCUUCUUUUCUCUUCUAGCCAACUAACACUGUAUGAUGAUGACCGCAGCAAGCUUCAGAUACCACUCGUGCGCCCUGAAGAUGAUCGCGCUUUCAAAUUCUUGCACACUAGCGGUGCUUCCACGGCGCAUCUAAACCGCACAACUUCAGCUCUUGCUUCAACGCAGUCGAGCCACAUGAUCGAGAGUUCCGCCGCUUCAGCAACUCGUGAACCUUAUUCGUCGACUGAGAAGUCGAAUGGCCAAGGGCCAGCGACUAGUUCUGAUGAUGGCGGGUUCAGUGGACACGGUAGUCUUGAACAGCGACCUCAACUCGGACUCUCCACAUCGAAUCGCUCUGACGCCAAAGGUGCUCCAGACUCAGGCCUUGCUAGUGGAGUGCCGCGCACAGGAGCCUCUCCAGCUAUCUGGAGCAAUUGGCGCCGUGACCAAGCAGAGAAGGCAAACACGGGCUCUUUGGAUUGGGCUAAUGUGGGUAAAACUACCAGCUCAAAUCCCAGUUAUCAGCGACGUGAUACAGGCAUCAAAGUUCUGAAGCCCUCUAGAUCGACACGUACGUUAUCCACGUCAAACUCAUCGCCAGUCACAGGACAGUCGCGCUUUUUUGAUGAUGGAAAGCGAAGGGGUGAGGGCGAAGCGACCAGUGACCUUGCGCCUCCUCAGGUGAAGAGGACUGUGUCUGGAGAAAGGGGCAGGGAAAACGUGCCUGCAUUGUCGAAACCUCGAUCCGCGAACCCAGUUGGCGGCGCUUCUGCUUUUGCAUGGCUGAACAGCAGCGGGUCGAAAUGA